AUGCGUCUCACACACAUCCUUCUCCUGGCGCUCCCCGUCAUUGCUUCCACGCUGGAAGACUUCGAGUGGGACGAUGAAGAAGAAGAGACCGUCACUCUCACAUUUACCUCCACGAGUACGAAAUACGUCUUUGUUCACCGCACGGAUAUAAUCAACAUACACAUGACCGCCUCCUUCACCACCAGCAUCGUCCCCAGCCAAACCGCAGCCGCCAGCGGUAGCAGUGCCACUUCAGCUUCCCCAUCCAGUGCUCGACCCUCCCUCCCCAAAGAGACUGUUCAAGACAUCUAUGUCGACGUCGACUCAGAUCAGAUCGUUCUCGGCCGCCCUUCGAAGCAAUACUCGCCGCCUCGAGCCCACCCUGAUGUGAGGCAACCCUCACCUGUCGCCUCUCUUCGAUUGAAUAUUUCGGUAGAGACUUGUUGUCAGCUGGUCCUGGCUGCUCCUCUCCCAACCUGA